AUGUGGGAUCUCAUUCGGUUUCUUUGCCUUGUCGGCACGGCCCAUGCCGCCGUCAUUAGGCCAGUGCCCCAUUCAGAGCCUACUCAGAUUGCCCAAGAUAUGUCCGCAGCUGUGGUGUCUUCUCCUACUGUUCGUCCUACCGCUCGUAUAAAAUUAGAGCCCUCCAGUACCCGAAAUUACCUCCAGGCCAGAACGCUCACUUUGCCCGUCAUGUCCAGUAAAUGGACGGAUGUCUCCUGCUCAGAUGGCCUGGUCAGUGAUCAAAAUCCCCAAAACAUGACUGAGCGGUAUGAAAAAGCCCAGGUCCCUCUGGCUUGGAAAGAUCUCUGGGCGAGCUGGUCAAAAUAUAACAACAGUGACAAGCACUCAACGGGGGUUCCCGAGACGUUCAUGAUGUAUGUCGGCCGGGUAUUCUACGAUAAAGAAACAAUGGACUGCGGGCAGAUCGGCGACGUAGGGUGUGAUGGGUUUGAAUGCGAGGCCGACGGAAAAGCGCCGGCCACGUACUUGAUCAUGAACGGGUUCGCCUUUAUGAAUAUUUACUUUACCAAAUUACAAAAAGCAUUUUAUCUCGCCCGAGAUGAUGUAUACGAGCAGAUGCCGAAUUUUGUCAAGCUCUGUGCGAACAUCGACGAUGAGUCGGCAUGGGUCAAGAGCAUGUUGGAUAUUGGACUCUUUUCGAGUUUGGCCUUUAUCCCGGUUGGUUUUUCAGCGAUGGCGGCAGCGGAGGUGGUUGCGGCUAACUCGGUACCAGCAUCUCUUGUCACUAAUAUGGCGAUCUCGGGGUCUGUCUUUGUUCAUAACAUGGUGGAAAACUAUAUGAAAUCAAAGACGAAUGACGAUGAGACACAAUCCCUGAGAGACCUCGCCAGGUCAAUUGUUGAAAAGGCCGGCAAUGCAAUCAUCGAGUAUCUGCACAGAAUGACCAGCGGACGAAAAGAUGUCGAAGAGGAUUUGCGCCAGUUGAUCACCACCGGAAUCUUGAAUACCUGGUAUUUGGAGAUUCGAUCCGGUAAAGAAGAUGGCGGCUAUCUUGAUUUUCAAUCAAAGCUGGCAGCGGGUGCAAAGCAGGGUAUUUUCGGCCAGAUCAUCAUCCCGGCAUGGCGAAAGGGGGCUAAGAAAGCCAACCCGUUUAUUUUGAGAAUUGACCGAAAGGACUACAAAUGCAAAGAUCCGGUUUCUCAGGCUGCGAGCCAUCUCGAGCUUGACAAGCACAUGAGCAAUGAUGUCAAGGACAAGACAAUCUGGUGUGAUAAAGAUGGCAAUUCUUUCUUCCUGCUCGAUGCCCACAUUGAAACCAAUGUCUGCAGUACCCAGAAUGGCUGCGGAGCAAGCGAGACUUACGGCUUUUUUGCUCUCGAUGGUGGAACAGACAAAGACCUGGAACCAUAUAAUUUGCAUAUUAAGGAUUUCGUUCUCGCCACGUAUGGCGCAUAUAAACUCAACGGCAACAAGAAUGGAUAUAUCCCUGAUCAAACCACAACUAAGGAGGUCCAGGACGACUUUUCUGUCAAGGACAAUGUAUUUCCCGGAGUCAGCAGCGUCAGGACACCUGGCUUCUUCAACCUCACCGUCUGCCUGAAUGCAAAGGUGGCAGCGGAUAAUCUUAAGAACAACAAAAUCUACAAUUUCGCCCCUUGCCAGGAUCCCCAGGACGAGGUGACGGUCAGCCAACCCGUAAACAGCAAUGACUACACCUCAGGAAACUGCAUGGUACACGUCACGCAGUGGCGCGACUUGGGCGAUGGCACCAAGAACAGCAACAACAAUCCUCUGAAAAAUACCCAGCUCGCCAUAUCCAUCACGGACUCCACAGACAAGCUGGUGCUACAUGCCCCGAAGCAGCCCCUGUACGGGACGCUGGCAGUCACCAGUCCAGAAAAGAACAAGGGACUCAGCAACUCGCUGGUCACCACUCUCCACGACGGCAAGCUCGUGUUCUGGUAUCGGGAUAUCUUCUGGGACGAAGACAGCCCGGAGCACCGGUGUGACUUUGGGGCAUACGAUAGCGGCGACCAUGCGAUGAAGGGUGACGAAACAAGGCAGGGCCAAUGCAUGUUCCACUGCGGCGAUCCCACCAAGACUGCUCCGGACUCGGUGCCCUCGCUCAGUUUACAACAUGUACCCUCGCAGCAGGCGUACCUGGGCACGGGGGGUAACAAGAACAUCGAGACGAGUGAUUUCGGUAUUGAUGGCAAGGGCAAGGGGUUCAAGGGUGGGUGGUGCACCAUGCACAUCCGCACGUACGAGGCUAAGCUGGAUUCGUCGAAAUACAACUGGCUGAACUCGGACUCGGACUAUGCUCUCGAACUCACGAUCUAUGACGCGAAGAAGAACAUGAUUGCCUACCAGUCUGAGACAUAUGGCGAUACCACUGUCCAGGGCUUGUUGCCCUACAUUAUGAUUGCGACUGCUCCCAAGGAUACGCAGGGCCAUGUGUCCUUCAAGUAUGCUGGUCAGAGCUUUCAUACUGGAGAUAAAGAUCACUGUGGCAACUGUGGUGACUAUGACCGGGAUUUGUUUAUGGAUUGUGACUGUGGGUUUUCGUGUGCCCAGGCUGAUGAUAAAGAUUCAUGA